UUUCAACUACGAAAAGUUUUCCAACAGUACUAGUCCUGGGCAAACAAGUCACAAAAUGCCUUAAAUGUCAAAAUCGUAGUCGAGUUCCCAAAGAAAAUUUAAAAUAAUACCUCAGAGAAGACAUUGAGGCGAAAAUCCGAAAGCCAUAACAAUGGCCAACCAAGAAACAACCAAUGGCAAAGUUCGUAAUGCAACUCUUCAUCUGGAAAAGCAGUUGAUCGGUGGAAAAUAUCGGCUAGUGAAGCCCAUUGGGUCGGGAUCCUUCGGUGAUAUUUACCUCGGACUGAGCAUCACGGAUGGAUCUGAGGUGGCCAUCAAGGUGGAGAAGAACGAUGCCAAGUAUCCGCAGCUGAUGUACGAGGCGAAGGUGUACGAACAGCUGGUCCGCAGUCCGGGAUUCCCGACCCUACUUCAUUAUGGAAGCGAGAAGAACUAUAAUGCCAUGGUUAUGGACCUAUUAGGUCCUUCCCUGGAGGAUCUUUUUAACCUCUGCAAACGCCGAUUCUCGUUAAAGACCGUACUCAUGUUGACAGACCAACUGCUAAUGCGAAUCGAGUGUGUCCACGAACAUGGGUUCAUCCACCGUGACAUUAAACCAGAUAACUUCCUAAUGGGUUCGGGGAACCACUGCAGUAAGCUGUACCUCAUCGACUUUGGCCUGUCCAAGAGAUACAAGGACAUGGAGUCGGAGAUGCAUAUUCCGUACCGCAAGGAUCGGAAUUUAACGGGUACUGUUCGAUAUGCCUCGAUCAAUGCACAGAUGGGCGUCGAGCAAUCCCGGCGAGAUGACAUGGAGUCCAUGUGCUAUUGUUUGAUGUACUUCAAUCUGGGAAAGUUACCCUGGCAGGGUAUAACGGCCGCCAACAAGAGGCAAAAGUACGAGAAGAUAUUGGAGAAGAAGACAGGCGUCUCUAUUCAGCAACUCUGCAAGGGAUUUCCCUCCGAGUUUUGUCUGCUUAUGACCUACGUCAGGAAUCUUGGUUUCAAGGAACCACCAGAUCACAUUUAUCUACGCCAGUUAUUCCGCAUACUUUUCCGAUCGCUGAAUCACCAUUACGACUACAUAUACGACUGGACUUCUUUGCAGCAGCAGAAAGAUCAAAUCCGCCGCAAUAGAGAACGAGAACGGGAACGGGGACAAGACCGCGAACGGGAACGGGAACGGGGUUGUGAACGUCAGCGGGACAAGGAGCGACGCAAGGAUUGGGAGCAGGAUCGACUGCACAGAACUUCCACCCAACAGGCAAAUCGCUCUAAUGGACAUCUGACAAGCCGAUAUGAUCGCAUUGGCGAUGGAGCCAUUAGCAAGCAAAAGUAACAUCUAACCAAAUUAUUUCAAUUUAAAAAUGUACUACUUAAUGUCGGAGCCCCACUUUUAGUGGUUUUAUUUCCUAAAUAAAUCUUUAAAAACCUUUAUUCCGCAAA